CCUGCAUUCCAUUAACCCCUAUCUGACUACCUGCCUGACAGUCGUUAACCACCACUCACAGACAGUCAUUACACCCCACUACGGAGGGACAGGGUGCAACCGUUGCACCCCCUACAGGAUUCCUACACCCCUUUCAGGAUUCUUUAACCCCCUGGAAGGUCAACGGAUGAGUAAUGCGGCGGUCUCGUUAGCGGCGGAGUCGAGUUAUCUGUGGGACGCUUCAUUUCUCUGGCAUUUUGCUCAAGAGGAACACCUUCUCCUCGAAUAACUACUUGUAUCUCUCGGAUGAACAUCACAAAUCAAAGUGAUCUUUAAUCAUCCACUGACCGCCUGGAAUUGCAUGGACUCAUUAUUCUAUCCUCUUCACUUUGCAUAGAAAUUCUUCACCCACCUCUUGGUACAUGCGCAUUUCUAUCUUUACUUUGAGUUCUAAUCAUAUCUCCUUGGAAUCUUGGCAAACCUGGGACUCUAAUUCUUCCUAACAAGGUCGGCAGAAGGCAGGAUUUCAACAUGAAUCGCUCAUUGUCGUAUUGCUAUCACAGCUAAUGAAAUAACAUUGCCAUUUUGGAUAUCAGUAGCCGCUUCUUUUUCUUUGAAUCCUGGAAUAUAUACGAGGCUUCUCCCUUCCAUGUUAUUUAGUCUCUUGUGGAUAUUAUUAUUUAACCAGGAUUUUGCUGUUGUCUCUUCUAAAGAUUUGCCAAAGAACGAGGGUACUCUGAAACGCUCAAACUCGGAAGUGGACCUCAACUCUGCAGAGAUACCCCAGGACUUAUCGCUUGACACCAUAUGCCUUCCUGAUCCCAGGUCUUCUGAAGACAGAGGGAAACACGCUGAAGAGCCCGUCAAUGACGAGCUGAGUGCACCCACCAGUGACUUGGAAGACGACAUGGAGGGGAAAUUUGGUCGCAAGAACAAGGAGGCGGCGUCCGAGAAGCGCCAAGCGGCUCUUCCCAUCAGUGGAGGCGUACGGAGACUCCUGCAGUCGCGCAAGAACCAAAGACAAAUCAAGUACGCCACGUAUUCGCCCAAACGGAGCGGAAGCACACUAUCUAGGAACUCUUACUAUGACAACGUGGAUGAUAAUGACUAUCCACGGCGAAACGGUGAACGCUCGUUACAGGGGAAUGAUUUGGCGUACUCCCAGGAUGGGUACAUACAAGACUGUGAAGUCGUGAACAACCAGAACAGGAAAGUAAACUCUUCAGAGAUUUGUGUUGAAGGUUUGUCUACACCAGGUAGUAUAGAUAACACAGUGAUUUCAGCCACCACUAAUGGUAGCAGGACUUCUUCACCAAGGCGAUAUGUAGGAACUGGUAGCAAUAGCACCAGUCCGAGGAGUGCCUCAACGGUCGAUGUCAACACGCACUCACCAAGUCUUCCGCUAGGACCGGGUGUUCUAAAGAGCGCAAAGUUCAUCGAGGACAACGCUGCAAACUUUGAGUUGGCCAACACCAUCAGGAUAGCGGGAAACCACCACGAAACGAUGAACGGGAACUUCAUCAGUCCCAACAGGUCCAGGACUCUGAAGUACGGCAACAACGCAGGCGGGCAUUCGGAAAAUGGAACGGGCAACACCCCGAAGACAAAACGCUCACACAGCUUCAACACAAGAACUACAAACUCCCUGUCCAACGAUAACAACGUGGACAGACUGGAGAGAUAUCGCGAGGAAGAUAACACACUUGUGCAGGACUACGAAGCACAUCUUAGGAUCAUACAAGACAACUCUGACAGCGGAUUCGACGGGACACUACCCGAAGGCGAGUCGUCCACCAACCACUCCAUGUCCAUCGGGCCGGGAGCGCUGUUGCCCAAGUGGAGGAAGCGGAAGACCUUUGGAAGCGAUAGCGGGAGCAGUUCUGGGAUGAGGGGGGACACCGGGACGCUAACCUCAAGUGAAGGAAGGCUUUCGCAGCAUGAUGUGGACUUCAUGGACUCCACUGAUGGCAAAGAUUUCUUCAUCAGAGAUGAGGAUGAUCAUGUAGGAGAGGAAGAGGAGGAGAGUCAGUCCUUAAACUCUCUGCACAGCCAGACCUCGUGUUACCAGCAGGGUGGGGCUACCAGGAAGGCAGGGUGGCUCAACGUAAAGAGCAUGCUGGUCCAGAGGAAGCGCAAGCUGGAGAGGGCCAACAAGAGGUCCUGGAAGGAGUACUGGGUUUGUCUGAAGGGCACCAUGCUGCUGUUCUACGCUUGCUCUGAGAAGACGGCUCCCGAUGAGAACAGCGAGCCUCGACACAUACUCGUUGUGGAGGACGGUCUUGCACAGGCGGUCCCGGAGCAUCCCAAGAGGGACAACAUCUUCUGCCUCAGCACGGCGUUUGGUGAUGCGUACCUCCUGCAAGCCGACAACCAGAUAGAGCUGGAGAAUUGGGUGACAGCCAUCCAUUCAGCUUGUUCAUCGGCCUUUGCAAGGCAGCAUGGGAAGGACGACACCCUCCGACUCCUCAGAUCUCAGAACCAGAAGCUCGAAGCUCAAAUUGAUCAAGAAAACAAAACCAAGAAGAUGGCUGGACUUCAAUUGAUGACCGUCUCUGAUGCCAAAAAUAGACUUGCCAUAGUUAAUCAGAUCUCUCAAUGGGAGCAGAACCUGGAGAAGCUCCACCUGGAGCUGUACCGGCUGCGCUGCUACUCCACCUCCCUCCAGGGCACCGAGCUGCCCAACCCCAAGACCCUCCUAGCCUGCGUGGGCAAGCAGACCAAGGCCCACCUGGGCAGGCUGGGCUUCUUCUCCGUCUCCUCCUUCCACGCCCUGGUCAGCGCCAGGAACCCCGCAGGCAUCCAGGGCAGGUUCACCAAGCCAAAGUCCAAGAAGCAGAAAUCUUUUUUUGGUACACUAAAGAAGCACAAAGACAAAUCUUCAAGUCAAAAUGGGGAUGCAUCAUCCACGUCGACACCUGUCGCAGGUGAGCAAGACGACUUGGAGCCAGACUUUUACGAUGAAGAAGAGGCCUUGGAGUUUGAAGAAGCCGGACAGGCGUUUGACGAGGAGACUCUGGUCAGUCACAACGAAUCUACCGCAUCCGACCAGCUUAAUGAGGGCACCCUAGUCAAGGUCCUCCUCCCUGAUGACCAGAGCUCCAUGGUAACGGUCAGACCGGGAAUGACCGUUCAAGAUCUCCUCAUCAGUAGCUGCACAAAUCGCAAGAUGGAUUACCACAACUACUAUGUGAGAUUCAAGCUGGCAUUGAGAUUUGGAGCAAACUACACAAUACCAGAUAAAACGGCUAUUCUAUAUGAUGAGAAAUACGAUGAGAUUGAGAUCUGUACCAAGAGUAUCCAUCAGGUUGAACUCUACAAGGUGGAUGAGACUGGAACAUUUGGUUGUUCCCUGGAGGCUGAGCUAGGUGAUGAUAUUGAACAGGAAGACCAGCUCUGUGUUUUCAUCAGUUCACUGGAAUCUGGAGGACUGGCCUACCAUCAGGAUCUCCAAGUCGGCGACGAGAUCCUGGUCUUCAACGGCCGCGUGGUCUGCGACCUGGACAUGCUGUACAUCGAGAACCUCCUGCAGACGUCCACCUCCCUCACGCUGACCGUGCGUUCCUGCCGCUCCAUGUUUUCUCAGACGCAGGCCAUGCAGGACACCAACCGGUACAUCGAUCAGCUGACGUGCCCCCCGCCCCCUCUCCAGACCAGGCUCACGGACGAGAUGAUCGACACUCUCAUUGUCCCCGCCCCAGCAGCGUACGAACAACAAGAAGAGGAAGAGCAGACUUCUGACUCCAGCAUCAACCCUCCAAGCUUGAGCGGAGACACUAGCACGCCACUUCCACCUGCAUCCUUCGACACCGUCACCGACGGCACGACCCGUAGCGGCGUCAACGGCCAGGACAAAGCACCCCUUGACAACAAGCAGAUCGAGCAGUUGAUGAAAAACGCAGAACAGGUCACAGAGUUCUGCCGCACCCUCGAGAUCCGUCAGAGCGUCCGACGCAACAACGUGACCCGGUCGGUCGGCGCUCGGGAGAGCCAGCUUGUUGACAUGCCCGCUCUAGAGGUGCUUCAGGCGGCUCAGAAGCUGCGGAAGGUCAUCAUGGAGCUCCUGGACACCGAGAAGACAUACGUCCGGGAUCUGAACUGCUUGGUGUCCAGGUACCUGGAACCCUUGCAGAAUGAGGCUUUCCUCUCAGCAGAUGAGAUUGAUGCUCUGUUUGGUAAUAUCAAGGAGAUUAUCAAGUUCCAGACUGGAUUCCUGAAAUCCCUUGAAGAUCCCAUCUCCAAGGAACCAAAUUUCUCCACCCUUGAUAGUCCAGAUGAAUUUAAAAGGAUCUUGUUCUCCCUGGGCGGUUCUUUCCUGUACUACAUGGAGCACUUCAAGCUCUACAGUGCCUUCUGCGCUUGCCACUCCCGCUCCCAGAAGAUCCUGGACCCUGCCAAAGGCAAUAGCGCCCUCAUGCAGUUCCUGGAGGCCAGGAAUCCCAAGCAGCAACAUUCCGCCUCCCUGGCCUCCUAUCUAAUCAAGCCCAUACAGAGGGUGCUAAAAUACCCCCUCCUCCUGUCCGAAAUGCGCACCCACCUGGAUCGGGAUAGCUACGAGCACUACCAUCUCUCGGAAGCUCUCAAGGGCAUGAACAAGGUCGCGGAGCACAUCAACGAUAUGAUGAGGGUGCACGAGGAGUACGGGGCUGUCUUUGAUACCCUGGUAGCAGAACAGUUCCAUGUGAAGAAGGAGAUUGCCGGAUCUAAGGUGCAUGAGCUUGCCAUGGAUGAUCUUGUGAAGUAUGAAAACAUGACCUGGCUCAACUGUCACGAUGACCUUCCCAAGUACAAGAAAGGUCGUGAACCUGAGGUCACUGUAUUUGUCUUCCGACCAGCAGUGGUCAUCGUAUGCAAGGAGAGGAGUCGCAAGAAGAGCAUGGUCAAGCUCUCUGGCACCGGUACGCUGAAAGGGAACCCAGAGGACACAAUCAAGUUCAAGUGGAUGGUACCAAUAUCAGCCAUGCAGGUCAAGGAGACGUGUAUAUCAGAAACUGAUUACUUGAGUCUUUGGGAGCUGGUGCACCUUAAAGCUGAGGGGAAAACAGAGAAAGUCUUCCAGUUUUCAUCCCACUCUUCCGAUCUAAGGAACUCGUUUGUGAAGGCUAUUCGUCAGACCCUCAGGGACUACCACCGUUCUAAGAACACCCCAGGGGGAGGGUCAAAGUUCAACAUCAAGAAGAACUACACGCCGUACGGCGGCAAGCGCUUUGAGAACCUAGGGCGUAACAAACGGACCCUGCGUAAGACGGCAACAAAGUCGGACGGAGGAUCGUCGGCAGGGCACAGCGAGGCAGGAUCGCUAGGUAGCGAGGAGAGAUCGAGCGAAAGUGGGUCCCACCGCUCCGACCUCAACUAUGACGAUACGGACUCGACAAGCACAGGUCGGGGGUCGUGCGACCAUGACCGUCGAGAGUCGGGUUCCAUCAUCAUUACCAGCCUCCAGCGACAGGAGAGCGAGGGGACUCUGAAUUGUAACGGUAACAACAGCCUGAACCGACAGAUGAGCUCCGACUCGGGCGUCCCCAACUCUCCUGCGUCUGCCGGCGUGCCACCGUUUAAUACACCCACGGUCCGUGCAUCUCAUCCGAAUAGCCUCUAUCCUGAAGACCCCCUCAGAACUCUGACUCCUGAAACAAGUGCUGUUGCUCAUGGUAGGAAAGGUCCAAACAGGCCUUUAACGUUGGACCUUUCGUUAGUUCACGCCCAGCAAGAGACGAAUACAUCAAGCGAGCCCUACACCCCUAACCUGGAGGACAUUCGAGCGAGAUUGGCUGAAAUAGAAAUGGCUGUCGAAGAUCAUCAUUGAUAACAGUAUUGCCACAACUUCCAUUCUAUAGCUAAGCCAUUCUAACUCUUGACUUUUUGAGGAACUUGCGGAACGGGCCUACUACAAGGAUUUUGCCUCGUGUGGAUAUCUUGCAAUUUGAUAUUAACUGAUAAUGUUAGCUAAUCAUGAUGCUAUUGAUGCUCUGGAAUCGUUUUUUCUAAAAUUAUAACUAAGUGCAUACAAAUCAUGAAUACUCAGGAUACACGGUGUUAUAUUUCUUGACAUGUUUCUUUCAACCCCUCCUCCUUUGCCUUCCAACAUCGACCGAAUCUUAACGAAGGAAAAGCAUCGCAAUAGCAAUCAAUGCUGCAUUUUUUAUGCAUGAGUGAUUUGAUGUGAUCGUCAACAGAACCAAAU